GGUGCACGUUACCCCGAACAGCGGCCACCCCGAGUAUUCUGCUACUUUGCUGCACAAACAAGUCCUCGCCGAAUCCCCGCCCCUAUCCUCCACACGGGGCGCCGAGAAGUAUCUCCAAGAGAAAAAUAAAAUCAGAAAAAGAAAAGAAAACAAAAUCGAACACUCCAACGGGCAAAUUUUCGCGCCGCGUCGCCGGCGCCGGCUCUCUGCCGCUUUCCACGUCGAGAGGCUUCAGACCCGGCAGCCUGUCCACCUUUGAACGCCUCCCCUGCGGGUACCAGUCAACAUGUCAGUCAUGUUGCAGACGCCUUCCCGAGCCUCCAGCGCUUCCUCUUCGUCGUUCCAACCUAUAACACGCCAGAACACAAUGUCCUCCUACGAUGGCUCGCGGUCCGCCCGCCAGUCAAAGCGGUACUCUAUGUCCGCUCUCUACAUGUCCAUGUCGGCCAACGAGUCCGACCUGGUAAUUGAGGACGACCUGGCCAAAGCGCAGAAAGUAUUACGGGACCUGAAGGCUAAGAUCUCGUCCCAGUCCAAGAAGAACUUUGUUCUCGAGAAAGAUGUUCGCUACUUGGACUCACGGAUUGCCCUUCUAAUUCAGAAUCGAAUGGCUUUGGAGGAGCAAAACGAAGUUGCAAGUCACCUUGAAGACGCCACUGAGGUGCAAGAGGGCACAUUUCCCAACGAUGAAAAGACGCAAAAAUACGGCAACUUGAUGUUCCUACUGCAGUCGGAGCCCAGGCACAUCGCUCAUCUCUGCCGCCUGGUUUCCAUGUCCGAGAUUGAUUCGCUGCUCCAGACCGUCAUGUUCACCAUUUACGGCAACCAGUACGAGAGCCGGGAAGAGCACCUACUGCUAACCAUGUUUCAGUUCGAUAAUACCCCUGAAUACUCGUCCCUCUUGCGAGCCAAUACCCCCGUUUCGCGGAUGAUGACCACGUACACAAGGAGAGGGCCCGGCCAGAGCUUCUUGAAGUCGGUAUUGGCCGACAGAAUCAAUAGUCUGAUUGAGCUCAAGGAUCUGGACCUGGAGAUUAACCCGCUUAAGGUGUAUGAGCGCAUGUGCGAGCAGAUCGAACAAGACACUGGGAGCUUGCCCGCUUCGCUUCCCAAGGGCAUCACGCAGGAGCAGGCUGCCGAGAAUCCCCAGGUCCAAGCCAUCAUCGAGCCGCGAUUGACGAUGCUUACCGAGAUUGCCAACGGCUUCUUGACCACCAUCAUCGAGGGCUUGGAGGAGGCGCCCUACGGUAUCCGGUGGAUUUGCAAGCAGAUCCGCAGUUUAACCAAGAGGAAAUACCCCGAUGCUAAUGACCAGGUCAUUUGCACGCUUAUCGGCGGCUUCUUCUUCCUCCGCUUCAUCAACCCGGCUAUUGUCACGCCAAAGUCGUACAUGCUCAUCGACGGGACGCCCGCCGAACGCCCGAGGAGGACGCUGACCCUCGUCGCCAAGAUGCUGCAGAACCUAGCCAACAAGCCGUCGUAUUCAAAGGAGCCGUAUAUGGCCAAGUUGCAGCCGUUUAUCCACCAGAACAAGGAUCGGGUUAACAAGUUCAUGUUGGACCUCUGCGAGGUCCAGGACUUUUACGAGAGUCUUGAGAUGGACAACUACGUCGCGCUCUCCAAGAAGGACCUCGAGCUGUCCAUUACGCUCAACGAAAUCUACGCCAUGCACGCCUUGAUUGAGAAGCACUCCGCGGAGCUCUGUAAAGACGAGAACUCGCACCUCUCCAUCAUCAUGUCAGAGCUGGGCGCUGCUCCUCCGCAGGUCCCGCGGAAGGAGAACAGGGUGAUCAAUCUGCCGCUGUACAGCAAGUGGGAGACGGCCAUUGACGACCUCACCGCCGCGCUAGACAUCGCUCAAGAGGAGGUUUACUUCAUGGAAGCCAAGUCAAUCUUCGUGCAGAUCCUGCGCACGAUCCCGCCUAACUCGUCGGUGGCGAAGCGGCCCCUGCGUCUAGAGCGCAUUGCCGAUGCGGCGGCCACGUCUAAGAACGACGCCGUCAUGGUCCGCAAGGGCAUCCGGGCGAUGGAGCUGCUCAGCCAGCUGCAGGAGCUCCGAGUCGUUGACAAGAGCGACGGCUUCAGCCUGCUGCGUGACGAGGUUGAGCAGGAGCUGCAGCACCUGGGCUCGCUCAAGGAGGUCGUGCUCGCCGAGACACAGAAGCUCGAGGAAGUGUACAAGACAAUCCGCGACCACAACGCGUACCUGGUCGGACAGCUCGAGACGUACAAGAACUACCUCCAUAACGUGCGCAGCCAGAGCGAGGGCACCCGCCGCAAGCAGCAGAAGCACCAGGUGCUGGGACCUUACAAAUUCACACACCAGCAGCUGGAGAAGGAGGGCGUCAUCCAGAAGAGCAACGUUCCAGACAAUAGGCGUGCCAACAUCUACUUCAACUUUACCAGCCCGUUACCGGGAACGUUUGUCAUUUCGCUGCAUUACAAAGGUAACCCCCAUUCCUUUAUUUUUCGUUUCUCCUCUUUCUUCUUCUCCACCCCCUCUUCUUCGAUCUCUGUGCAACAAGCCCGGCAGAACACUGACAAACCCAUCUGCAGGACGGAACCGCGGCCUGCUAGAGCUCGAUCUGAAGCUGGACGACCUCCUCGAAAUGCAAAAAGACAACCAGGACGACCUAGACCUCGAGUACGUCCAGUUCAACGUGCCCAAGGUGUUGGCGCUCCUCAACAAGCGGUUCGCGCGGAAGAAAGGGUGGUAGGGCGCCCGUCAUUUUCCCUUGCUGCGGCCCAAUUUCUACUGCCGCCACUGCUACCACUACUGCUACCUUCGCUGCGGUCUCGCUUUCUCCGGCUCUCGUUUUCUGCCUCGAGACCGGCGCUGGCGCGAGGACGAGGAGGAGGAUUUGCUCACCUAAAUUAAUACGACAGCCACUUGCUUUCCCGAAU